GUGUUGCACACAUGUAGAAAAUCGGAUCAUGCAGGGUCAUGUACAUUGUUGUCAUACUGUAGUAGUGAGCGACCUACUCAUCUGAAAUGGAGGGUGUAAAUGUUACAAAGCAUCCCUACCUACCUAGAGAUCUUAAACUUCCGCAUUACAAACCGAACAUUAAUAGCUUAGGACAUAUAUUGGGCGUUUUCUUCGGUUUUGUGGCGGUUCUACAAGUAGUUCUUUGGAUAAUAACGCGAGGAAAAUCAAUCGGUGUUAGAGUUAAAAUAUGCUGGUUCGUUACGUCCGGUCUUAUCCACCUGAUUCUGGAGGGGUAUUACAGCCUUUACAACUCGACACUGGCGGGCGAGGACACAUACUUAGCUCAGAUGUGGAAAGAGUAUGGAAACGGUGACAGCCGAUAUGUACAUGAUGACACGUGCAUGGUCGCCAUGGAAUCCAUAACGGCGUGGGUGGACGGUCCUUUGUGUCUGUUAACGGCAGCCUCGUUUUACUUUCCCGCCAUGUACGGCUUCCGGCACGUGUUUCAACUGGCGGUGUCGAUUUGCCAGCUCUACGGGGACACCCUCUACUUCUCCACCGAGUGGCUUGAAGGCUUCAAACAUAGCGAAAUGUGGCACCCACUCCAUUUCUGGUUCUACUUCUUCUUCCUUAACAUCAUUUGGAUAAUCGUACCAUCGAUUAAUAUAUUGGACGCCGCACGAAACCUCUGGCGUGCGCAAUAUAAAGCCGACGAUGGCUUAGAGGUCAAAAGUCGGAAGAUUGUUAGCAAGAAACGACGUUGAUAUUAUGCGCAUUAUGCUAUGCAAAAGAAUACAUGUACUUGUGCCAUUUGUUUCAUAUACCAAAACUCUAAGCAUGAGUGUUGCAUUUAUUUUGUGUGCAUAUUUUUUUGUGUAAGUUUAAUGUGUAUGCGUGUGUGUACUUUUCAUUUUAUCGAAUCGUCAGUUAAUGAUAUGUAAUUGUGUAAUUUUCGUGUUUUUGUUUAAAUACAUGUGAAACAUUUACACAAUAAAAAUAAUGAAACUC